AUGCGUUACUCUAUCGUCGCCUCGUUGCUCUCGGCUGCUACCGCCGUCUACGGCUAUGCUGACCCCAUGGCCUGUUCCGGUAUCUGCAACAACGCUCACGACCCGGCCCUUAUCCGUCGCGCCGAUGGCACUUACUACCGUUUCUCUACGGGUGGUAAGAUUGCUAUUCACACCGCGCCUUCGAUCACCGGUCCGUGGUCCUACAAGGGUGCCGCGAUCCCCGCUGGUUCCAAGAUCAACCUGGCUGGCAAGGACGAUCUCUGGGCUCCUGACGUGACCCUGGUCGGCGACACAUACUACCUGUACUACACUGUAUCGUCUUUCGGAGUCCAGAACUCCGCCAUUGGUGUUGCUACUAGCAAGGACAUGAACACCUGGACCGACCUUGGUGCCACUGGUAUUCAGUCGAGCGCGGGAAAGAACUACAACGCCAUUGAUGGUGCGCUAUACUGGGAUGGAUCCAAGUUCGUCAUGUCCUUCGGCUCCUUCUGGAACGACCUCUUCGUCCAGAACAUGGCCAACCCACCCGUCAAGACCAGCUCUUCCACUGUGACCAACAUCGCCUUCAAGCCCGAGGGAGAGCACGCUCAAGAAGCUCCGUUCAUUGCUCUGAACGGCAACUACCACUACCUAUUCUUCUCCGUUGGCAAGUGCUGCGGCUUCGAUGCCAACAGGCCUGCCGCGGGCCAGGAGUACAAGAUCCAAGUCUGCAGGUCCACCAGCGCCACUGGUGGCUUCAAGGACAAGAACGGUGUCGACUGCACCAAGGGUGGCGGUACCACUGUCUUGGAGUCCCACGGCUUUGUCUACGGACCCGGUGGUCAGGGUGUCUACUACGAUCCUAAGGAGGGCCCUGUACUAUACUACCACUACGUCGACACCCGCAUUGGUUACGGCGAUGGCCAGAAGAAGUUCGGUAUCAACAAGAUCAACUGGUCCAGUGGAUGGCCUGUUGUAUAA